CCUGUAAAGUGCCCUCAUUACCACCACUCUCCUUUUCUUCAGGAGAACUUGCUGAUUGAUGCGGAGCAUAACUUGAAGCUGAUAGACUUUGGUCUCUGUGCAAAGCCAAAGGGUGGCCUGGAUUACCAGCUGAACACAUGUUGUGGGAGCCCAGCUUAUGCAGCACCAGAGUUAAUUCAGGGCAAAGCUUACAUUGGCUCAGAGGCAGAUAUAUGGAGCAUGGGGGUUCUCUUGUAUGCUCUGCUGUGUGGCUUUCUCCCGUUUGAUGAUGAGAAUGUCAUGGCGCUCUACAGGAAGAUAAUGAGAGGAAAAUAUGAGAUUCCAAAAUGGCUUUCUGCUAGCAGUAUACUGCUUCUACACCAGAUGCUGCAGGUGGAUCCAAAGAAGCGAAUUACAGUUAAACAUCUCUUGAAUCAUCCGUGGCUCAUGCAGGAUUACUCCUAUGCUGUUCAGUGGCAAAGCAAAUACCCACUUGGGCAUCUUGAUGAUGACUGCAUAAUAGAACUUUCAGUGUUCCAUAAAUGCAGCAGGCAAAGUAUGAUCAAGUUAAUUUCAGAGUGGAAAUAUGAUCAAAUAUCAGCAACAUACCUCUUGCUUCAAUCCAAGAAGGCUCAUGGAAAGCCUGUCCGUCUAUGGCUUCCCUCUCUAGCAGUAGAAAACGCUAGCAUCACACCAUCCAGAGAACUGAAGUCUAAAAAGAAUCUGACUUACGAAGAUGUGGAAGACUGUAAGGAAAUGCCCUGUGCAUUUGGAUCCAUGGAAUUUUCAGAUGAUGCGCUUUACGAGGAAUCUCCAUUUGCAGGCUUUGCUCUAUAUACACCCAAAACAAAGCAGCAUUCAAAGCAUCAGACACCAUUGGAUAGUGUAGAAUUUACACCACCUCCAUCUCCAGUGGCAAGAAGAGCAGCAUCAAAGAAAAGUGAAAACAAAGAGAAUUCUGACUUGGCGUUGACUAUCAAGAAUGAAGAGCCAUUUGUGCUUCCUGCACCGAAGACUCCUCUUAGUAAGAGCCAGAAGGAGAAGAGGAUGCAAACCACACCAAAUCAAGCACUUCACUCCACAGAGAGAAGUCAGUGCCCUAAAGACACCCCAAUUAAGAAACCCACAAGUCCAGCAAGUACAGGUGAAAUGGCUGCAGCAGUCAUUAGCCCAGAAAGACGGUGUCGCUCAGUAGACAUGGAUCUUAAUCAAGUUCAUGUGGAUAGUGGCCAAAAGAAGAAAAGAGCCAAAAUGUUUGGAAGUCUGGAAAGAGGCCUGGAUAAAAUGAUCACAAUGCUUACACCAGGCAAAAGGAAAGGAUCCGCAAGAGAUGGCCCAAGGAAAUUGAAGGCUCAUUACAAUGUGACCACAACUAAACUACUGAAUCCAGACCAGCUAUUGAAUGAAAUAAUUACCAUCCUCCCAAAGAAACAGGUUGACUAUGUACAGAAGGGCUAUACCCUGAAAUGUCAAACGCAGUCAGAUUUUGGCAAAGUGACGAUGCAAUUUGAGCUAGAAGUGUGCCAGCUUAGUAAACCUGAAGUAGUGGGUAUCAGGAGGCAACGGCUUAAAGGCGAUGCGUGGGUCUACAAGAGACUAGUGGAAGAUAUCCUAUCUAGCUGCAAGAUGUAACUAAUAGAGGAUUCAUAUCCUAAAUAACGGUUUUACACUGCUUCACACUAAUUUUUUUUAUCUUCUAAAAAUUGUUCAAAGAACGGAUCUGUUUUUAAAUACACUAAUUUGUGAAUAAAUGUGACAAACUUAUCUGUCCUUUGUCCUUUUUUUUUAAUCAUGUAUCUUUGUAUAUCAACUGCUGUCUCUAGAUGCCCCUGUCUCGUAUGGGUGUGAACUUUCAACUAUUUGUAUUCUGUAAGUGUAAUUUCUUUCUGAAAUAAACAUUUUAUAAAUGUA